AUGUACUAUCCUUUAGUCGAUGGUCGCCCUGGUAUCCUAACUAUCUUACCUCUUUCCCUUGUUGUCAUCAUAGCCCUCAGGCGGUUUGCUAACAACCGACAGAACAAACCUGGCCCUCCUGGCCCAGUGCCGCUCCCACUUUUAGGAAACAUCUUAUCUAUCAACACUAAGGAGCCUUGGUUGUCGUAUACCGAAUGGGGUGCUGCCUAUGGAGACUUGGUUUUCGUGCGACUUCUAGGCCAGGAAGUCAUAUCGAUCAAUUCACAGCACGUUGCAGAAGCCUUGUUGGACAAGCGUUCUGAUAUUUACUCGGAUCGACCAUACUUGCCCACAGCCGAACAAUUUGGCUGGUCCGCGAUCACCUUUGCAUUUACAGGCUAUGGUGACGAAUGGCGUCUUUCCCGACGACUCUUCCACCAAGCUUUUCGUUCUAGCUCUGCACUCAAGCUUCGCCCGAUGCAGAUCAGACGAGCUCGUGAGAUGAUCGUCAACCUAAUCGAUCACCCUCAACAUUAUCAUAAUCACUUUGCAACGUUCUCGUCAUCAGUUGGGAUGUCUGUUAUAUAUGACUACCAGCCCAGCGCACGUGAUGACCCCCUGGUCCGAAUGCUGGAAGAUACAGUGGCUGUUGGCCUUGAGAUGACGACUCCAGGGAACGCAACCCUGCUUCAACUCUUCCCCUUCUUGCUGAAGUUACCUGACUGGUGCUGGGGAUCCUCGAUCAAACGUGCUGCUCAAUUUUCGACUAAUCGUAUGAAUGAAAUGAGGGACUUGCCGUUUCAAUCUACGCAGCAGCAUAUGGCUGGAAACUCGUUCCUCGGCCAGUCUUCGAUGGUCACAGAAAAUUUGCAGCGGAUGGAGAAGCAAGACGAAGCGUCCAAGCCGAUGUUCGAGAUUGCCCUGAAGAGGACAGUUGCAGCUGGUGUUAUGCAGUCAUAUGAGACGACUUCUUCGACUUUGAUGGUUUUUGUUCUCGCUAUGGUGUUGCAUCCAGAUUUUCAGAGACGCGCGCAAGCGGAAAUCGACUCGGUGAUCGGAAGAGAUCGCUUACCUACGUUCGAGGACCGAGCAUCACUACCCUAUGUUGAAUCCAUUGUGCGGGAGACUUUCCGAUGGCAUCCCAUUCUACCCCUCGGCGUUCCACAUGCCACCUCGAGUGAUGAUACAUACAAUGGUCAUUUCAUUCGGAAAGGCACGACCGUCAUGUGUAACAUCUGGGCCAUUUCACGGGAUGAAAAACGGUACCCUAAUGCAUCUCGUUUUAUGCCGGAGAGGUUCCUAGAUGUCAACGGCGCGUUAACGGAUGAUGAUCCCGCGGGAUACGUUUUUGGCCUAGGCCGGCGCGCAUGUCCAGGGCGGUAUGCCGGUGAUGCCUCUGUGUGGUCUGGCAUCGUGACUAUGUUAGCCACGAUGGACUUUUCUUUUGCCAAGGAUGACCAGGGCAAAGUGAUCGACUUCAUCCCUGAAUUCAACCCGGGACUCGUUCGGUACUUUGUUUUAUUAUCUCGUCCUUCUGUCACUAACAGUUGCAUCGCCUUAGCUCCUUGA